AUGGGUUAUUAGCAAGUGGUGGUGGAACUGCAGAUAAAACUAUUAGAUUCUGGAAUGCUUUAGAAGGCAGAAUGUUACUCAAACAGAUAGAUAGCUGGAAGUUAAGUCUGUAAUUUAAUGUUCAGCAAAAUGGAAAAUGAAUUUAUUUCAACACAUGGCUAUAGUCAAAAUUAGAUUAUACUAUGGAAAUGCAAUGGUAUGAAAAGAAUUGCCACUUUAGUUGGUCAUACUAGUCGUGUGUUAUAUCUGGCGAUGUCUCCUGAUGGUUAUACCAUAGUGACCGGAGCUGGAGAUGAGACUUUGAGAUUUUGGAGUAUCUAUACAUAAUCAAUGGGUAAUUAAUAAAAUAGCAAAUGCUAAUUAGCACCGCACAAUAUCAGUAUUCGUUGA